AUGUCGAAUCCUUUGGACACAGAUGCUGGCUCUGAGCUCUUCGCUAGCUAUGAGGCCGAGUUCAAACUCGUUCAGGCCGACCUGAACCAGAAGCUCGAUCAGAUCGCGGAGUCGAGCGGAGAACAGAGAAAGUCGGCGAUCAGACAGGCGGAACGGGCGCUGGAUGAAGCUACUGAGUUGCUCGAUCAAAUGCGGAUGGAGAAGCAGAACAUUCCUUCAUCGGCACGAUCCAAGGUCAACAUUCGAUUCCGAAACUACGCUACCGACAUCGAUGAAUCCAAACGGAAACUUAAAUCGCUCUCGGACGACCGCAAGGCUCUAUUUGGCGAUCGGUACACGGACGAACCGCAGGAUGAGCAUUUGGAACAGAGGCAGCAGCUUCUCUCGGGGACUGAGCGCCUGGAGCGUAGCUCUGCUCGACUGCAGGAGAGCCAGCGCAUUGCUCUCGAGACCGAGGAUAUCGGACGAAACACCCUGACCGACCUCUACCAGCAACGAGAGACGCUCGAGCACGCUCGGACUGGGCUCCAACAGAGCGAGGGAUACGUGGACACAAGUAUCAAGACCCUCAGGGGUAUGGCCCGUAGGAUGGCUACGAAUCGGGUGAUCACCAUUGCCAUCAUUACGGUCUUGAUCCUGUUGAUUUUUGCAGUCAUCUAUAGCAAGUUCCAUUAA